GCUAUUGCCAACAUCGUCUAUUAUUGAAAAAUUUCAUAUUAUUUAUCAAGCACAAAUGGCUCGCGCAAUUGGUAUUGAUUUAGGUACAACAUAUUCAUGUGUUGGUGUAUUUCAACAUGGAAAAGUUGAAAUUAUUGCAAAUGAUCAAGGAAAUCGUACAACACCAUCAUAUGUUGCAUUUACUGACAGUGAACGUUUAAUUGGUGAUGCAGCUAAAAAAUCAAGUAGCAAUGAAUCCAAAUAA